AGCGCACGGUGCAGACAGGGCGCACCAAACGGCACACACCAAACAGCGCACACACACACUCUCUCUCUCUCUCUCGCACACACACACACACACACUCACACACAAAAAAGAAAAAAAGAAACAUCCACACAUACUGACAGACGGACACUUACUGUAUGAUCCUCCCUGCGUGUCACGGAAAUGGAGUUAAAAUAGACAGACGACUUUCCUGGACAGAAGGCAGUGACUCGCUUUGGAUUUCUGAACUUAGACACUCAGGAGAGAACAUGUGGAGAUACACGAAUUUGUUCGCCUGCCUGCUGGUUUUGUGCAAGGAUGCGUCUUCACAGAGCAAGAUCUUUGGAGAGACCGAGCCCGUCCGGAUGACAUCAGAGGGUUCAGACUGCCGCUGCAAGUGCAUCAUGCGUCCUCUGAGCAAGGACGCCUGUCUGCGGCUGCGGAGUGGCAGUGUACGGGUGGAAGACUUUUACACUGUGGAGACGGUCAGCUCUGGGUCUGACUGUAAGUGUUCGUGCACUGCCCCACCAUCCUCCCUCAACCCCUGUGAGAAUGAGUGGAAGAUGGAGAAGCUGAAGAAACAGGCUCCUGAGUUGCUAAAGCUCCAAUCUAUGGUGGACCUCCUCGAGGGAACACUUUACAGCAUGGAUCUAAUGAAGGUCCACUCCUACAUCAACAAAGUGGUGUCUCAGAUGAACACCCUAGAAGAGACAAUCAAGACAAACCUAACACGAGAGAAUGAGUUUGUUCGGGAUAGUAUGAUAAGCCUCACCAACCAGUUUAAGAGAUAUGAGAACUACACCAACGUCAUGAUGAGCAUCAAGAAGGAGAUCUCCAGCCUCAGCCUGCAGCUGCUACAGAAAGACUCCUCUGGGAACAAAGCACAGAACACUAAUGAUGAGAAAACCAAGGAGGCUGUAAAAAUCCCCAACAAAAAGACCCCUGGAGCCAAACCCCCACCCAAACCACCCAAAGAAAAGGUCAUAAAACCCAAGAAAGAGGUCAUUAAACCUGGGAAGCCAGUCAAGCCUGAUCCUACAGCCAAAGCCAAGGUGGCUGGCCACCAGCCCGGUGUGGUGAGGGGCAUCACAUACUACAAAGCUGCCAAGACCGACGAGGAUGAGCACAGAGGAGACCAUUCAGCCAAAACGUACACUGUCCAUCACAUCACAGAGAGCCAGUCAGAGGACGGAGGAGCUGAAAUGGUCCUGGAAAGCGUGGACGCCACUGUGGCUGAACCUAUCGCUAUCACUGAAAUCCCUACCACAACAACUGCCACAACCACUACCACCACAACUACUAGCACCACAACUACCAGCACUGCCACACCCACUACUAUUACCACACAUCGCGCACCAGCUUCUGAAAGACCAGCUCCAACCAUUGUGCUGGUGCUGGACAAUUCCAACAACAACAGUCGGCCCAGUCUCCACAGAGCAGGGAAAAUCCUCAACUGUGAAGGGACUGUGGCUUCGAUUGAGCAGCCAGAGAAGCAGCACAGUUAUGGGCGCAAUGAGGGAGCGUGGAUGAAGGACCCCCUGGCUAAAGACUCCAAAAUCUAUGUCACUAAUUAUUAUUACGGGAAUAACUUGGUGGAGUUCCGCAACCUGGACAACUUCAAGCAGGGCCGAUGGAGUAACCUUUUCAAACUGCCUUACAACUGGAUAGGCACAGGCCAUGUGGUUUAUAACGGAGCCUUCUACUACAACAGAGCCUUCACCAAGAACAUCAUCAAGUAUGACCUGAGGAUGCGAUACGUGGCAGCCUGGACACUGCUGCAUGACGUGGUUUAUGAGGACACCACCCCAUGGAAAUGGAGGGGCCACUCGGACAUUGACUUCGCAGUGGACGAGAGUGGCCUGUGGGUCAUCUACCCUUCAAUGGACUACGAUUACAACCAACAAGAGAUGAUCGUCAUCAGUAAACUGGAUCCUGGAGACUUGUCACUGAAAAAGGAAACAACCUGGAGGACAGGGCUCAAGCGAAACUCCUAUGGUAACUGCUUCAUCAUCUGUGGUGUCUUGUAUGCUGUCAAUGUGUACAACCAAAAGGAAGGAGAAGUGAACUAUGCUUAUGACACCCACACCAACACUGAGGCCAUCCCACGCCUGCCCUUCACCAAUGAAUACUCCUUCACCACCCAGAUUGACUACAACCCCAAAGAGAAGGUUUUGUAUGCCUGGGACAACGGCCAUCAGCUCACAUAUCAGGUUAACUUUGUCGACCAGUGACACAGUUCACAGUGGGUGCCAGUAUGGCACCUAAAUAGAAAGGACAUGCUCAGUUUUUGACAACUUAGAAGCAGCCAUAUUGGACUCAACAGGACAAAGGAUGAACCUACACCAGCCUAUCACUACCAAUGCAUGCUAUUCAAACACCUGACCUCACAGUGUACCAAACAUACAUGCCUCAAAUGUGUAUUGGGAUGUGACUGUACAGUAUGUCAAUAGAAUGGACCUUGGACAGUGGAUAUAAUCUCAGAGGUUGAGUUAAAGCUCACUGGAUGUGCCGAUCCUAGGAAAGCAUAGAGAUUUCCUUUUAUCUUCUUUUAUGAAAUGUCAGCAGGCUGGCUUACUAGCAGACAAACACAGGGCUAUAGUUGUGAAAAUAGUUAUUUUAAAUACGUGAUAGCAGUUGUAGUAUCACUGGUUUUAGGGGGCAAACAUCAAGGCUUACAUUUUGUUUUUUUCACUAGAUGCCAUUUCUAAGGCCUGAAGAAAAUCAAGUAUAUACUAAUCAACACAUGAAUCCUAGAUCCUAGAUCUGGCCGACUCCAGACACAUUCACCAGGCUCACAUCGCACAUGGAAUGAUGGUAUGUGGGUGUUCCAUUCCUGUUAGUCAGAUCUGAGCCACAAGCAGGCCACUGAAUGGCCACAUGUCAACCAAGUGCAAUCAAACAUACGGUAUGUGGGCCAGAUGACAAUGUCUGGUACAAUUUUGCAAUCAGGGCCACAUCACUUUCCUCGGCUCAGGGUAAGUUUUAAAACUAGGAAACCUUUGUGGAUCCAAAGUUCAUGAGAAAGAAUUAUAAUUGACUGUCUUUGCGGUACGAGGUGUCCUAUCACCAGUUAUUUAAACUUGUCUUUUAUAAUUGUCCUCUAUAGGGAAAAUGCUUUUUGGGCUGCAGGGAAAUUUCUAGCUGCAAUGCCACAAGUGGCCUCUGGGCUAAACUGGAAGCAAGGCUGAGCAACUCCAUCAAAUACAGGUUUGACCAGUAGAUUCAUGACCCUACCAGAAUGCUUAAUAAGAGCUAGCAUCUAUCAGAGAAACGCACUGUAAAGAAAACUUAUUUACCUUCAAGUAUUCAGUCAUGGUUGUUGUUGGUUGAUUUGAGCUCUUAAGUGUUAAGUCAGAUGAUCUAGCUAAACUAUUAUCUAGCAUUGUAUUACAAGAUUUGGCAAUUAUGGUUUGCCAUUCUAAUCUGAGAAACAUCCUUCUUAUUUUCUAUGCCUUUUAUGUGUGCUCCAAAUAGUUUUACACAGCUAGUGAUAUUGGGCCACACCUCCAACAUUUAACUCAACUAAUGAGAUUAUCUCUGCCUCUAGAUUUGUCAGAAAUGUUCGUAUACCUAAACUAUCAGCUAUUGUUGCCCAUCUACUCCAUCCUAUUACCAUGCACUUUGACCAUGAAUCUGCUUUGAUUAUUCCGGCCUCAUGAUGCCUGUCUUCCUUUCUCUUUACCAUUGAUGUUGUUUUGAGGGAUGUGUUGAUUUAAUAUGAACUCCAAAAACAAAGCAAUGUACACACGUUUUUAAGCUCACAAUUUUUUUUAUAUUUACAUGAAAUUAUUUGAUAAAAUCAUACAGCUUUUUUUUUAAAUAAUUUCCAUGCCUUUUGUCAAUUUUUGUUAAUAACAUUUACAUAACUAUUACAUUUAUUAUAAUUAUUGAGUUUUUAACAUUUUCACCGCAAAUGAACAACCGUACAUUGCACCAUUAGCUGUGCCAUCUCCAAUAGUAGACACCAUAAACACACACUACAAAUGUUACUAUUUCUGAUGAUGACUGAUAGUACUGAGGCACAUACUGGGAGCUUUAAGACACAUGAGGUAACUUUUACGGCACUCACCAUUCACGAUUUACAAUUUACAAUGACAUUAUUUUGCCUGUUCUUGAGUGUUUGCUUAAGUUUAUUCAUAAAAGGCAUGCUGAUUUCAAGUAAUUUGUUCAGUUGUAAGGUCUUUAUAUGUAAGUAAUAAUGUCAUGAAAUGUAACACUUGAACCCAACUGUGUGUGUUUGUCUGUGCUAUGAAAUAAAAUUUCCAU